AUGGUUCACCUCCACCACAUCAUUCCUAUCGCACUCUCCGCUAUCGCAGAUCCAGCCUCCGACGACCCCAUCCUCGAAUGUCUCAAUCACGACCUUGAAGCCCUUCGGGAACUCGUUUUAAACACCCCAGAUGAGGCUCUGCAACUUGCUGAUGCGAAUCUACGCGUGUUCCCUUUCAAAAAUGUCCAAACAUGCUGGCGACGCCUGUACACAGACGCGACUAUCGUCAAGGCUUGUCUCAAUACAUACCACAACUGUGAAUUUCCACGCGAAGGAAACUCGCAUAAAGACAAUGGGACACACAAUACACCAUUAUAUCCACAUCUGCUUCGCGACAUGAACAAGGACAUGGGUAGUGAAAAGGAGCAAGAGGCGCUGAAGGUGCCCCCCAAUGCCCCAUGGCUAUCACAUACAAUACACAUUCUCGACAAAGCCUUGAUCAUGACCGGUGCCCCUUUGCGCGAAUCACUCAUUGAAUCCCUACUCGAUGCGCUUCAGGAUGCGACUAUGUCCUCUGGAGAGGAAGAGGAAGACGGUGAACACCCCCUGGGCAUCGACGACACAUCAGACCGAGCCGCGAAACGCAGAAAACUCUCCCCUCCGUUGUUUUUACCAAAUACUAUUCCGGCUCCCGAACUAAAGAAUCCCAUCCCUCGCGUUUCAGCUCCUUCGUUCGACUCUAUCGAACAUCAUAUUCGCCAUAUCAAGACUCCCUUGGUUAUUACUAAUGCUGUCGAGCACUGGCCGGCGAUGUCGAGUAGGCCCUGGGCCUCGAAAGAAUACUGGUUCGAUCGCACCUUUGGCGGGCGGAGACUUGUCCCAGUGGAGAUCGGGCGAUCGUAUACAGAUGAGGGAUGGGGGCAACGGAUAAUGGAGUUCCGGGACUUCGUCGACCGAUAUCUGUGGCGUGGGCAGAUGCAGUCUUCAAAACAUACUGACAGUGAACAGUACCAAGAGGGGACCGAAGACGAUGAGGGGCAUACCGGCUAUAUGGCGCAGCACGAUCUACUGGCUCAGAUUCCAGCCUUGCGGAAAGAUAUCUGUAUCCCUGAUUAUUGUUACAUUGAUCCACCGGGGCCGGAACCCGGAACACCGGUAUACAUAAAGAAGCUCCGCGAGCAAGAAGGAAAGCUUAAGGGGACGGACUCGCAACCAGGAUCUACGGGCCUGGAUAGCUAUCACGAUGAUGACAAUGAUAGCUCGGCUUCGGAGCUGGGUCUCCCUGCCGACCCAAUCAUCAAUACCUGGAUCGGUCCCUCUUGGACCAUAUCGCCUCUUCACCACGACCCGUACCAUAACAUCCUGGUCCAGGUUGUGGGCGCGAAGUAUAUCCGUCUCUACUCUCCGAGGACGCCCGCGUCCCAAAUAUAUCCGAAAGGAAUGGAAGCCGUCCAGCCAUCGGAGAAUGAUGCGGAAGGUAAAGCCAAUGAACCACCGCUCAUUGAUAUGUCCAACACAUCGCAAGUCGAUCUUGCAGCUAUUGAACUCUCCCCGGCCGAGUCAGAUCAAUGGGACGCAAUGUGGCCGGGCUUUACGCAGGCGGAAUACGUUGAGACGGUCCUGCGGGAAGGAGAGUGCUUAUAUAUUCCUGUUGGGUGGUGGCACUAUGUGCGUGGCCUGAAGGCAGGAAUCAGUGUUAGUUUUUGGUGGGAAUAG